AUGAGAGAAACUCCCGUUCAAUUCAUUCAGAGAUACGGGAUCUCAGCCCAGUAUGGUUUCCUUCCUGAUACCGCUCCUCUACAACGGCUACCAGACCUCUAUUACCAGCCUUGGGAAACGCUGGCGGACACUCUGCCUGGACUCAUAGCGAGCGAUGCGGCAAGGACAAAGAUCGACCAGUUACCAAUUCUUGAGACAGACUACUUAGACACCGACCUAGAAUGGCGGCGAGCAUAUGCGGUCUUGGGAUUUUUGACUCACGCAUACAUCUGGGGCGGAGAUCGACCGGCAGAGCGACUCCCGCCUCAACUCAGCCGCCCUUUUCUGGCAGUGUCCCAACGGUUAGGACUGCCGCCCACCGCAAUGUUCUCGACGCUCAGUCUUUUGAACUUCGGGUUGAAAACCCCCGGUAGUGACCGAGCCAACCCGGACAAUCUCAGGUCGUUGCUCUCGUUCACCAACACCAGAGAUGAAGAGUGGUUCUACAUGGUCUCGACAGCCAUCGAGGCGAAGGGCGGCCCUCUUGUCCUGACGAUGCUUCACUGCAUGCAGGCCGUUGAUGAUGGCGAUGUCAAGUUGAUUUUGCGUUGUCUCCGAACCUUGACGCAGGGGAUCCAAGAAAUUGAAGCCAUUCUCAAACGCAUGCACGAACAUUGUGAUCCACAGGUGUUCUACCACAACAUCCGUCCGUUCUGCGCGGGGUCCAAAGGAAUGGCCGCGGCCGGAUUGCCGAACGGCGUAUUUUACGACGAGGGCGAGGGCCAUGGCCAAUGGAGGCAGUACAGCGGCGGGAGCAACGCCCAAAGCUCACUGAUACAGCUCUUCGACAUCUUCCUCGCUGUCGGACAUCAUGAAACGGGAGAAGGCAAUAAUCGCCGUCCUCCCAAGUCGCAAGAUGAGGGUACCAGUCCCAAUGGAUACUUACAGGAAAUGAGGAACUACAUGCCUCCGUCCCACCGCGAGUUCCUCACCCAGGUCGAGCGGAUGAGCAACCUGCGAAGCUACAUCUCCCGGUCCACGGCCUCUCCGGAUGUCCAGGCCGCGUACAAUGAUGUCGUUGCGGCCUUGACGCACCUACGUAACGGCCACAUCCAAAUUGUGGCCCGGUACAUCGUCAUGCCGUCCCGGCGGCCGCCGGCCGCAUACAUCGUGCAGCGGAAGGGAGCGAACCUGGCUACGGCGUGCUCAGCGACGACGGCGAGAAAUGGGGAGGACGAUGCAUCGGCCACAAGACAAUUACACGGCACCGGAGGGACGAGCGUGAUGCCAUUCUUGAAGCGCACAAGGGAUGAGACCAGGGAGGCUGUCGUCCACGUCCCUUGA